CUAUUACGAUACAAUAUCAAACAGUAGACGACGCGUUACGCGACCGCACCGCAGAUCACCGGUGACCGGCGGACGGACGAUCGCGUGCGUCGUGUAUGCGAGUCUCUCUCUCGAGUACCUACGCGUUUCGCGAUCGCAUGUGUCAGUGAUAGUGUAUGUGUGUGUGUGCCGCCGCGAAUUUGACGAGUGAACGUACCGCGUCGUAAGUUCACGCGCGCCAAAGUUUCACCCGACGCCCUUUGUGAUAAAUUUAACCGUUUUGUUUUUUUUCAUUCCUAUCCCCCCCCCCCAAUUCGAAGCGAUUUGUUUAUCCGUUUUCGCGGGUUGCGUCUUCCGAGUGCUAGCGAAAAAACACCGUCGAAUUUAUAACACACAUAUAUAUACACACCUAGACACUGGGACAUACCUAUACUUACGCGCGAACCGUCGCCCUCUGUGCGAAUAAUAUUCGUCUACUUCCACAUCGUCGCCGCAUAAUGAAAACUUCGCUCUAUCUGUCGUUAGUGGAAUGGAGAAUUUUGAAGAUUAGUUAAGUAUGCCAUCCUGAUGGUGAUCAAAGUAAUGGCUGAUAAAUGAAAGGCGAAUGGGGUGCACAUGGGUUGCGUGUCUAGUAGCAAAGACGUCUACAAAUAUCGUCAUAACACGAUUGAAAAAAAUAAUACUGUUACAUUGGACCGUCUUUUACAUGACCAAACAGCCAAUACAGAAUUAUGGGAUGCAGAACAUAGAGUGAACAAUAACGACAUAGCGAGUAGGAAUAGAUUACUAGAUACCUUGCAAGAAAUGUGGGACAACUGUUGUCGAAGGAGUGGAUCUGCAUCCGACUUGUCAAGGGACACAGUAGAUGCAUAUUCACCAAUAAACCGGAGUGAUUCACCACUAACGCAAACAACUGACAAUUUUAACAAUUUCAUGUUUGGUUGCUCAAAAUUUAUUCAAGAUCUACAUUCAAAUUAUUCAUUAAAAAAGAUACUAGUAGUAACAUCUAAAGAUGAUUCGGUGUGGCAAUCUAUUUCAACAACAGCCAAAAAUCUUGAAUGGACAGUGAAUCGUGUUACUAAUACGGAGGAAGCAUUGGAGUGUUUUCAUAAGGGUAACGGAGUACCAACAGUAGCAUUUGUUGAUUGCAGAUUUCAAAAUGACAAAGCUAUAGACGCAUAUCAAUUAGCAAGGUCGUUACGUUCGAUUAGAAAGAAUGCUCACGUUGUACUUGUCGCUUUAGUAAGGAAAAGCCUAGUGUUGAGAAACGAAAAAGACGUUACGUCCAUUUUAACCAGUGGAUUUAAUAAGAUAAUAGUAGAAACAUGCAACAAAAACGUAUGGAUCAAAGAAUUGCAGCAACUAGAAAAAGAAGAUGUAGCGAUGCGUUCAAUAUUAGCACAACAAGAUGCAGUUUUAGCUGCACUAGACAAAACCAAAGACCUCGUUAUCAUUACCGACCUCAAACACAACAUUCAAUACAUGAAUAAGUCGGGCUCGGUGAUUUUGGGAUAUGGCGCUGAAGACAUGAUUAACAAGCCACUGGCUAUUUUUCACCAGCUGGGUGAUAUUGACCAAAUUACCAAAAAACUAGAGAAAAACAUCGAAUGGGAUGGUAAAGUAUCGUGGAAGUGCAAAAGCGGCGAACACGUGUACCUUCAUUGCCGAGCUUCUCCUUUUCGACCGUUUGGAAAAGAAACAACAAAUUACAUCUACAUACAAGAAAGUAUUGUAGAUAUUCAUGGUUUUCCUAGAGGAAGUGUCCCAUCCAUUCGCAAAGGAUCAUAUGACCUCAAAUCUAUUAAUAGCGAUGGCGCACAAUCAGCUCGAAGACAAAGUUUGGCAAAAUUACAUAACUUGCCACUUGAAGCGCCAAUCACAAAAGUAAUUUCAUUGAUAUGUACAGCUCAAGAAAACUCAAACGACCAAGUCGUACAAAUUUUGGAUAAAGUUGUUGAUAUAUUACGUGUUACUGAAUUAUACUCAUCACAUUUAAAAACCGAAAAUAUCAAAUACGAUGAUCCCGUUACGUCAGAUCUAAUCGGAGCUCUUAUUACGCAAGGGCCUGUGCACGUGACGUCUACUCGAAGAAGCUCUAAUGAUUCAGCGACUGUUAAGAGUCAGCCUUACGGUUUGGGUGUUGCUAAAAUGAAUUUUAUGACAAGCGUAACUCCUCAAAUUAAAGAACUCUUAGACAUGUCUCUUUAUUGGGAUUUCAAUGUAUUUAAGCUCGAAGAACUUACUAUGAAAAGGCCUUUGGUACAUCUAGGAAUGAAUCUACUGACACACUUUGAAGUACAUAAAACAUUGGGUUGUGAUGAACGAACAUUGCACGCAUGGUUAACUGUGGUCGAAAGUCAUUAUCAUGCUAAAAAUACUUACCACAACUCCACACAUGCCGCCGAUGUUCUCCAAGCAACCGCCAUGUUUUUAGAAAAAGAUCGCAUAAAGAGGCUUUUGGAUCAAUUAGACGAAGCUUGCUGUCUGAUUGCAGCGAUCACACAUGACAUCGAUCAUCCCGGAAAAUCGAGCGCGUUUUUAUGUAAUUCUAAAAACGAUUUGGCCAUCCUGUACAACGACAUAAGCGUUUUGGAAUCUCACCAUGCCGCUUUAACGUUUAAACUUACUACCAAGGACGAACGAUUAAACAUUUUUAAAGGUCUGGAAAAAGACACUUACAAAGUGGUAAGACAGAACAUUAUCGACAUGAUAUUGGCCACUGAAAUGACGAAGCAUUUCGAACAUUUAGCUAAAUUCGUAAGCGUUUGUAACAAACCAUCGACACUCGACGAAGUACCCGUCGACGGAUUAACUCCUAGCGAAGUGAGUCCUGAGACUAUAAUGCCUACCAGUGCCGAAGAAGUAAAUCUAGUGAAGAGAAUGUUAAUUAAAUGCGCAGACGUAUCCAAUCCGACUAGACCAUUAAAAAUGUGCGUGGAAUGGGCUAAACGGAUUGCCGAGGAAUACUUUAAUCAAACUGAUGAAGAGAAACUUAAUCAUUUGCCAGUGGUUAUGCCAAUGUUUGACCGUGCGUCGUGCUCCAUACCAAAAUCGCAAAUCGGCUUUAUGGACUACAUUAUAAACGACAUGUUUGAGACGUGGGACUCAUUUAUAGACAUGCCCGAGAUGUUAUACUACAUGAGGAGCAAUUAUCAAUACUGGAAGGAUCUGGAAGAAAAAGGAACGAUCAGCUUUAACGACAUUUGUAAAAUGAUGACCACCACUUUGCCAAAGAUACCUGAGUCCGGUGGCAACCACUGAGGAAAACUAUGGUUACCGUUCUACAAAUUACAGUGCCCAUCGUUAUACUGAACAUAACGAUUGGCGGAUAAUAAUAUUUUAAAAUGAGUUGUCCUGUGAAUGUCUGAUAAGAAAUUUAUCCAACGAUUCUGUCGAUAUAACAUCGCGGAAAUAUUGUUUUAUAUGAAUAUUUAUUUUUCGUCUACACAGAACAUAAGAAAAAUGAAGUAACCGACGCAAUAUUUAUCUCUAUGUAUUAAAUAUACUUCUCUUUAACUAGUGUAUGCUAUUUUUAACUUGAGUAUACCUUCAAAUUAAUCAGAUUUUUUUAGUAUGAUUAUGAUUAUUGUUUAUCACUUUGAUAAAUUAUGUAAAUUAUACU